AAAAAAAAAAAAACGAGAGAGAGAAUAAAAACCAUAAACAAAAAAGAGAGAAUUAUGAACUUUUAUAUCUAAUAAAAAAUUAAAAAUUUUUCAGAUCUAAAUAAUAGUAUAAACUACUAUCCAAGCCGAGUUCAAGCUUAUCGAGCUAAGUUGAUCGACUCGUUAAUCAAACGAGCUAAUUGAAGCUUUAGCUCAGGUCAGUCGAGUUUAGAUCUCGUUCCACUAUUCCCCCUCCGACGCACCACCGCUUACCGCCGCCGGCGCCGCCCCGUAAAUGGCGGACGUCAAGAGCAGAAUACUGAUCAUCGGAGUUACAGGUAACCUCGGAUUCGAGCUCGCGAAAGCCAGCCUAGACGCAUCGCAUCGGACCUUCGGGCUCGUACGGGUCCCCGCAUUUUCCGACCCGAAUAAGCUCCAGAAACUCCAAAUCCUCUCUAGUGCCGGCCUGGAGAUUAUCAAAGGUUCGUUGCAAGAUGAGGAGAUUUUAAUGGAAGCCCUUGGAAAAGUUGAUGUUGUGAUUUGUUCCGUGGCGGCGAAGCAAGUCCUUGAUCAGAAGCCUCUGAUUGCGGCCAUCAAACGUGCUGGUUGCAUUAAGAGGUUUUUCCCAUCGGAAUUCGGAAUGGAUCCCGACAAAACCCGGGUUUCGCAUUUGGACAACAACUUCUACUCGAAAAAAGCCGAGAUCAGGCGACUCGUUGAAGCCCAAGGCAUUCCUUACACUUACGUUUGCUGCAAUUUCUACACAAGCUACUUUCUUCCUUCUCUCGUGCAGCCGGGCCUUCAAAGCCCUCCGACGGAUAAAGUCACUAUAUUUGGAGAUGGGAAUGUUAAAGGUGUAUUUGUGAAGGAAAGUGAUGUUGCUGCCUUCACGAUUAGCACUGUUGACGAUUUACGCACGUUGAAUAAGGUGAUGUACUUGAGGCCACCUGGCAACACUCUUUCCAUGAAUGAGCUGGUUACUAUUUGGGAGGAAAAAAUCGGGAGCCGUUUGGAGAGGAGUUACAUCUCGGAGGAAAUGCUUCUAAAGAAAAUUCAUGAAACUCCAUACCCAGACAAUAUGCAGAUGGUUUUCAUAUACUCAGCAUUUGUAAAGGGAGACCAAACGUACUUUGACAUAAACUCAUCUGGCGGAGUAGAAGGAACAAAGCUGUAUCCACAUAUCAAAUACACCACUAUAAGUGAAUACUUAGGCUGGAAUUGGGAUGUAUUGAAGUUUUUAUUGCAUUUGCCAUGA